CGAAGGGACGUUGAACUCCAUUUGUGGUUCCAAAAAAACAAAAUGGUUAUGUUGAAAGAAUGUAGUUUUAGAGUGUGUUUUGUUGUAUAUUUUUAGAGUGUGUUGUGUUGUAUGAUAGAUGUAUAUAUAUAUAUAGUAAUUUGGUUAAAAAAAAAACAUAAAAUUUAGUCAAUAUAUCCGUUGGAAUACAACGGCUAUAUGUUUGAAUUGUGUGUUGAGUGGGCAACGAGAAGAGGUUGGGCAAGAGGGGGUCGCCACCCAAGUCGCCCCCGGGGGCGGUGUUCCAGGCGAUACCAGGCGACCUGGGGGUGGGAGUCGCCCCACUACACUCAGUCUAAAGUACUACAACAGUGAGAGGCAUUUUGAAACUGACGAGUAUGACAAAUAUUUUCGACUGGUUUACAACCAAAAAAGCAGUCACUAAAGAGCAGUCGCAAAAGAAACGAUUGCAAAUUCCAAUCACAUAUUUUGCGAUUGCAAAAGCAAUCACUAAAUUCAGUAGCAAAAUAACUUCCCUGCACAAAACUGUCUCCAAAUAACAUUACCCAUGAAGGUUUUGCGACCACAUUUUCGGUCAUAAUUCAGUCGUAAAUAGCCUAUUGCGGCUUAUUUGCAAUUCAAAAUAUAGUUAAUACCCAAUUUCUAAAAGUGGUAACAAUACACGUAAAUAAUAUCUCACAAAAGAAGAACAAACAGAUCUUAUCAUUUAAAAUAAUGUUAACAAAAGACGGCAUAACAUACGAUGGAAUUAUAUAUAUAUAUAUAUAUGGAACAUUAAGUCUAACUACUUUUUGAAUCAUUCUUGUCCAUUGGAUGAUGCUGAAAAUAAACCUUGACCCUCUAAACUCCUAUUUUUAACUGCUAACAUAGCAAUUCACAGUAAUUUCAUAGUCUCGACAUUUUUCUGCUCAUGUUCUCCACAAAUCAUGUUUCCUAAUCUGGUCCACGUUCUAAUUGUUCCAACUCUCAUGUUUGCUUUAUAACCUCAUUCAAACUCCGCAAAACCACCGUUCUGCUCCUGUUCGUCUGCCUUCCUUCUCCAAUGGCGGCUAAGGAUCUGAAGAUUCAAUCUAUAACAGGUAAUACCAGUAAUUCAUGUGAAAUCGGGAUUCUAGGGUUCAGAUUUUGUCAGAUUCUCGCCGCCAUCGCUAAGGCCUUACUGUUCUCCGCCCCAGCCCAACCUACCUGCCAGAAACCGAGACGGAAGAGGAAGAAAAUGAGGGAGUAAUUUCGGAUUUCGAAGCUUCAGUUUCCAACGAAGUUCAUCGGGUGACAAUCCGAACAUCACGUGCUCUGUUUCGGAUAUGGUUUCUAAAUCAGUCUUCUAUAUGAGGCUUUGGUGUCUAGAUGAAUAUUGCUAUUGUGAAUGAGGUUAUACUCACAGGGGAGUCUACCCCCCAAUGGAAGGUUGUUUUCUCUUUCAAGUUGCUUUUUAAUUUUUUUUUUUCAAAUUUCAGUAGUGGUAUUUUAUUUUACUUUUAUGCCUUACACAAGUACUAACUUAUGCAUUCAUGUGUGGUUUUAAUGGAGUAAACUUGUGUGAAACGGUAACAAGUAUAUGUUUAACAGGUUUCGCCUAAUACAACGUUGCCGGUGAGAACGAUUUGUAUGGAGUUCCUGAAGUGAUGGGUGUGAUCUGUUGGCUGCUGGUGCACUUCCAGUUGCAUAUGAAACAUCUCAUGUGGCAUUAGUUCAUAGAGCCAACUUCAAAUAUGGCUAACCCUUUCCUAGAUAAUCAUACAAAUUUGUGCUUUAAAUUUGAUUACUUCUUUUCAGCUUUAUUUUUUUACAAAAAAAUCUUACUACAUGAAAGAUUGUUCUAUGGAUCCAAACGAGACUGCCCAGAAGCUUUUAUUGCAAGAUCCGUUUCAUGAAGUAAGGAGGAUGCGUGACCACAAGAAAGAGGUAAGAGGAAUAAGCGAACGGUUAAAGUUAUGGUAUGGUAAAGUGAUGUGCUUUACGCGUCUGAAUGUUGUUAAGGAAUCUACGGAGACUAGGUGGAAACCUGGGAUGCAGGGUCGGGGAAGCAGGGGUGGUAGGGGGAACUACUCGUCUCGCCACAAUUCUCAUGAUGCGGGCAGUAACAAGAAUGCUCCAUCUGGAAAAGAAAGUGAGAUCAACCAUGUUGCAGAUGACGGUGUAAUUCUGCCUGCACCUCAGGAUAAGAAGAGUAAAGAGAUAACCGUGGUUCCAAGUUCUUGCAUAGUUGCUGAGAAAAGUAGUACCAUACCAGCAAGUGGUAUCAAUGAAUCUGAAGUCAAAAUCUUGACUGCUGCUUUGGGAGAUUUGUCUGCUUCAGAUUCUGUUCUUAUGCCAUCACAGGAUUCCCAACCUCCUGUUGGUACAAUUAGCCUUGAAGUUGGAAGUCAACAAACUCCUCUCGAAAAAGUCAACGAGGAUUUCGUCAAGAUUGAAAGCAAAACUGCCUCUGUAUUGGAUGUCGGGAGCUCCUUCAUGCAAGGAAAGAUGUUUCAAGGAGACGGGCCUCAUAACAGGCCACAGCAAGUAAUUGGGCCUUAUAAGGUCGCUCCUGUUAAGGAAUGGAAACCAAAACUGACAAAUCCUAUUAUUCCUGCUCAAGCACUUGUGACGGAGGUGCCAGCUAUUCCCAUUUCCGUUCCCGUUGAAGCUCCUCCGUCAUCAACGACAGAAUCCGGUAUUCCAGAGUCAAAGGAAUCACGCAACCACCUUCAUGUUCCCGAAGCUGAGAAACUAGGGUUCUGCUUUGGAAGCUUUGAUGCUUCUUUUGGGCUUAAUUCAAACACCUUAAGCGGGCCUGGUGGGCCUGGCCCUAUGAUUGACGAGAAUCGAUCUAUUUCCGAGGCUUUUGAGGAGACCACUGAACAUAUAGAGGAACAGACUAACAGGGAUCAAGAUGUGUUGGCAACUGCUGAUGAUGGCAAUAAUCUUGACCGUCCACCAUCCUCUGUUGAUGUACCUGAAGGUGAUGUGUCAUAUAACGUGGGCCCUGAGCACGCCGAAUCCAAGCAAGAGACUUCACUCCCGGUGCCAGGUCAUCAAUAUCCGGUGGUUCAUCCUUCUUCGAACAUAGUUUAGUUUGAGACGAAUCAUUUUUAGUUAUGUGUCAAUAGUUGGCUUGAAUUGAUGAAUUAUUUUCAUACCAAUACACUAUUUGAAACAAUUAAUGUUUUCUCUAGGGUGAACGCAAAGAAAAGAAUACUUGUGUUAGACUAUCCA